AUGUCCUCCUCUCUCACUAGACCUGGAAUUCGAUAUGCCCUCUUUGGCUUAACAACAGUUCUUUUCAUCCUUGCCUUACUUCUGAACACCUUGAUGCCCGGAUUCUUCACAAUUAGCUUUAUCAAUGUUUGGAUUCAGACUUUCAUCGGAGUCAUCAUGUUGGUCUACUAUCCACCAUCAAUCUACUUUUCCAUCAAAGAUAAAGCUACAACUUUCGAUCAGGCUGGAGGAGAAGUUGCCGUUGGAGUUUUGAUCACUACAGCUUGGUUAGUCUGUUUUAUCAUGGAGACGAUCCUUGCUUCCUGGAAUUUCUGUAAUGAUACAGAUUCAGGUUGGUAUUCAGGUGCAAAAAACUGUCAAGCAACUGCCAUUGGUUUAAGCGUUUUAUACAUAAUCAACUUCUUCAUCCAUUUCGGUUGGACGACGUGGAUCAUAGUUCUAGUUCACAAGAGCAGCGAAAACAGGGUAGCAAGAAAAGAAACAUACAAAAUUCCCACUCAUAAAUUAAUCAGGGGGAUUUUCACUGGGACGAAGAUUCCGGAAGAAGAAGCUGGUCUAUAUAAUCAUCGAUUAUGA